AUGCAUUUUCGUAUAUAACAUCGCUCCACUUCAGCUGCCGAUUCAUACAAACAUCCCAUUCCAUUUCACCAUCAACAACUAUAUACGCAUUCAUCCAUGCCGAUAUUCGAAUCGUCAUCGGACUCCGACAACGAUGCCACCCCACAGGUAAAGCUCUUUGGACGUCAAAGGCCAAUGGACGCCAUUCUUGGAGGAGGCCAAGUGGCUGAUGUGCUGCUGUGGAGGAAGCCGAAGGUGUCGGCCGCUUUACUGUUGGGAGUGACGACGAUUUGGUUCCUUUUCGAGGUGGUUGAGUACAAUUUGGUCACCCUCCUCUGCCAUAUCUCCAUCGCCACCAUGCUUGUCGUCUUCAUCUGGUGCAUUUCUGCUGAUUAUAUGGGAUGGAAUCGUCCGAAUAUUCCCGAGUUGUUGUCAAAUGAAACCGCCUUCUAUGAAGUUGCUUCCGUCUUCCAUUGGAAGUUCAAUCAGUUCUUGAAAAAUUUCCUCCACAUUGCUGGUGGAAAUGAGCCUGUCAACUUCUUCCUGGUGAUCAUUUCUUUGUACAUCACAUCGGUGAUCGGAUCGUAUUUCGACUUCGUGAAUCUCCUCUUCAUAGGGUUUGUGAGCAUGGGAACGCUGCCGUAUCUGUACAGUCGAUACGAGAAGGAAGUCGACUAUCAUGCAGGACAAAUGAGCAGAAAGGUGACCAAAAUGUACAAGAGGUUUGAUUCAAGAGUCCUUAACAAGAUACCCAGGGGACCGGUGAAGGAGAAGAAGCACUCGUAAAUUGUGUAUUUGUUUCCAUUGAAGAAUGCACAUGUGCAUGUCCUUGUACAUGUUUGAUCGGUGAUCUAAUGAAUAAAACAGAUUUGCAUUUACA